AUGAAUAAAGCUGUAAGAGUAAGGUACUCUAGUCUUGAUGAAUCUCGAACUAAUACAAAUAGAUUUUAAAUUGUGUAUACAGUUACUGAUUCAAUUAAAACUUAAGUUAAUAAUCUUAAGUUUAAUCAUCAUCCUUUAAGUUAUUACAUAUCAAGAAUUUGCAAAAAUGUGAAAGAAAUGCGUAAAUAUCGUACUGAUGCUUAUAUAAGAAAUUAACUCACAAAAAUCUAUGCUUAAACUAUUCAUCUAAAAGAAAUCCAUGAUGUAUUCAAGGUGCCUAUCCAAUAUAUUAAUGAAGAUCUCAUUCUCUCUAGAUGCACUUUAUAAUUAAUUUCUCAAAUGCCUCAUCAAUACACUCUUCGUCCUCAAUAACAACUUACUCAUUUCAUUUAAUGGAUGGCUUAUUUCGAUGAAUAAGUCUAUUUAGAAAUGUAGAGAAUACAUGAAGGAUACUUAUUAUAAAUCCAAAGAAAUAUACAGGAUUAAUAUACAAUGAAUGUAAUGAAAUAAUAAUAAAUCAAACAUCAAAUAAAUCCUAGAAAGAAAGAUAUGUAUAAUUAUGUAAAUAGACUCAUAACAAAACCUUCUUUUAGAACAAUGAGUCGAAUAUCUGUUUUGGAGGAUUAUGAAAAUAGAUUUGGUGAAUUUUAAUUAAUAACACCAUAUGCUAGAAGUUAUGCUAAAUAAUUAGAUACUAUUUCUUAAAAUCUCAAUACAAUUGAAUGA